UGCUAGUGGUGGAUGCUGAGGGCGGCUGGACCGCGCGCAUGAGGUGUCAGUUCUACGCGCGACCUCUUCCUCUGAAGGUGUCAACCGAUUUCGCGAAAGGUGUUUCGUGAUAAAGAGAAAUCUUUCUUUUACACUCUCUCUUUCUCUCUCUCUCUCUCUCUCUCUCUCUCUAUCUCUCUCUUUUUUUCAUUCUCUCAGUUUUUCCCUUUUUUCACUCUUUUUAUUUUUCAAUUCAGUCUCAUGUAAUUAUUCGUAAAAAAUCCUUUCGUUUUACUCUUAAUUUCAUCAUUAAUCUCCCUUGUAUUUUAUUUUCCCUUUCUAUUUGUCUAUCUUCUCUCUCUCUCUCUCUCUCUCUCUCUCUCUCUCUCUCUCUCUCACUCUCUCUUUCACUAUUUCUUUCUCUCUUUUUCUCUCUUUGUUUUCUUUUCUUUCAUUUAUUUAAUCUUUCAUCCUCGAUCUUUAGAAUACGCUUUCGUUCGUCGACACAACAGGACCUGUUCUCUUUGCCGCCGAACGUAAAAACGCGCGCGUGUUACCAUUUUCUUUCUCUCUCUUUUUCUCUCUCUCUCUCUCUCUCUAUCUCUCUGUCUCUCUCUCUCUCUCUCUCUCUCUCUCUUUCUCUCUCUUUUAAUUGACAUUGAAAACAACGGGAUCAACAAGAACAGAAGCUGUAUCCAGGAAGGACUGGCCACGUGAUCAACGUUAAAGCCGGACGAUUAUCAUGCUUCUCGGAAUGUCCAGUGGCAAGAAUGAGGAAGCUGAAUCGACGUAACGGUCCAAGCCAGGAUGGCCAGUUGGCCGUUGAAAACCGUGCUCCUGUUCAGCGCCCUCAUCCUUGUUCGUGGACUUUAUGUUUCAGGACGAGGAGUGGUGCUGGACAGUCAAGGUCCAGUUUUGGUUUCGGAGCCACGUUCAUCGGUGGAAUUUUCGAACGACACCGGUGCUAUGAUCCACUGUUCGGCACACGGCAGUCCAUCGCCUAGGAUCGAUUGGCUGAUGGGCGAUGGCUCACCCGUUUUACCAAUACCGCAUAUCCGUGAUAUGCUGGCGAAUGGUUCAAUGCAUUUCCUACCGUUCGGUGCCGAGAGUUACAGACACGACGUACACUCAGCAGUUUACAGAUGUCAAGCCUCGAACAGCGUCGGUAGGGUGCUCGGCCGUGAAAUCACGGUAAAGGCCGUGGUCCGGCAAAAGUACGAAGUUCAAGUGCGAGACGCCUACGUCUUGGUCGGUAACACGGGUGUCCUUAGGUGCGAAAUACCAUCGUUUGCGAAGGAUUACGUAAAAGUUACUUCUUGGGUCCAGGAUUCGGCUUUCAACAUCUUUCCCACGCACGAAAGCGGUGGCAAAUACCAUAUGUUACCAACUGGCGAACUUCUGGUCUUCUCUGUGACUUCCACCGAUGCUCAUGCAAGUUACCGAUGUCGUACCGUCCAUCACGUGACCGGCGACACCGUCGAAAGUUCGUCGUAUGCACGACUGGUGGUCACCGAACAUAGAAAUCCAGUACCACCGAGAUUCAACGAACGUGUUAGUCCAGCGCCAAUUCGUACGGGUGAAACUAUCGUAUUAUCCUGCAUCUCUCAAGGAAUACCACCACCAAUGUAUCUAUGGUUUCGAGAGUCCGUCUCUGGCACGGCAAUGAUCUUCAACUCGGAGAGAAUUCAUGCUAGGGCUGGGGUGUUAAUUCUUCAAGCCGCGAGACCCGAGGACGCUGGCCGAUACGUCUGUCAUGCGAAUAAUACCGCUGGCUCGGAGAGAGUCGAGCUUGAGGUCUCCAUCAUCAGUAGCAUCUCGAUACAUCUCACUCCUCAACAGGUCACCGUUGAUCUCGGAAAGGAUGCGGAAUUUCAGUGUUCCGUAACCGGUCGACCGCUUCCGGUAAUUUCUUGGGCAAAGGACGGACUUCCUGUGAGGGAAGGCUCAUCCGGUAGAACGAAAAUCACUGAGAACGGUGGCUCGACCUUACAUAUAUCCUCAAUUGUCAGGGACGACAAGGGAAUGUAUCAAUGCUUCGCAAAGAAUGAUUACGAAAUGGUACAGGCUACUGCGGAAUUACGUUUGGGUGAUGCGGCCCCACAACUCCUCUACAAAUUCAUCGAGCAGACCAUUCAACCGGGUCCCUCUGUCUCCUUGAAAUGCAUUGCCACGGGAAAUCCUACGCCGCACUUUUCCUGGACUUUGGACGGUUUUCCUUUGCCUCAAAACGACAGGUUCAUGAUAGGACAAUACGUGACGGUACACGGUGACGUGAUAUCUCACGUGAACAUAAGCGCGGUACACGUUGAAGACGGCGGUGAGUAUCGAUGUUCUGCCGUAAAUCGAGUGGCUAAGGCUCAUCACUCCGCUCGUCUCAACAUUUAUGGCUUGCCGCACGUACGUCCUAUGGGUAACUACGCGGCCGUAGCUGGUGAGACCACGAUCAUCAAGUGUCCAGUCGCUGGUUUUCCAAUCGCCAGUAUCACGUGGGAAAAGGACGGACAAAUUCUACCGACAAGUCGUAGACAAGAGGUAUCUCCAAAUGGGACAUUGGUUCUUCAUCGAGUCGACAGUUCUACGGAUCGUGGUGCAUACACUUGCACAGCAAAGAACAAACAAGGUCGAUCGGAUUCGCAAACAGUGCACAUUGAAGUUAAAGUUCCACCCACGAUAGCUCCAUUUAGCUUUAACAAGGAUCUCUCGGAGGGUGUACGAGCACAGGUGACCUGCAUGAUCGAGAAAGGCGAUCCGCCGUUCACGAUCAUCUGGUCGAAGGACGGCGAACCGAUUGGCAGUUCAGGUACAGCUGCUUUCGGGAAUACCGGGAUAACGGCUCCCAGACACUCACAGACACCCGCGGGGCUGCGUGUAACCAGCAUUGACGUCCAUUCCAGUUCCAUAGUUAUCGACCGCGUCACCGCAGAACACACAGGAAACUAUACUUGCCUGGCUCGCAAUUCGGUCGCCGAGGUCGUCUGGACGGCCGAAUUGGUCGUUCGUGUGCCACCACGUUGGGUAAUGGAGCCUCAAGAUGUUCGUGCGUCAGAAGGAAUGUCAAGAUUGGUCCUCCAUUGUCACGCCGAAGGAUUUCCACCGCCUGCUAUUACUUGGCGUAGAGCAACAGGGAAAAAACCUGGCAAUUAUUACGACAUCGCAAGUCACGAACACACUCAAGAUCUUCGAAUACACUCAAAUGGUUCACUCGUCUUUGGUCGAGUACAAGAGGAUCACGAGGGAUUUUAUUUGUGCGAAGCACUCAAUGGUAUCGGUGCUGGAUUGAGCAAGGUGGUCUACUUAACUGUCAAUGUUCCUGCGCACUUCGUUGAAAAACAUCGUAAUCAAACUGCGAGGCUUGGUUCAAAUGCGUCGCUUCGUUGCGAGGCCAAGGGCGAUCAUCCCUUAAAGAUAAGCUGGCGAAAGGGUGGCCUUCAAAUAGAACCAACUCUUUCCGACUAUCGCUAUACCCUCAAGGAAGAGAACACCACUGAUGGUCUUAUCAGUGUGCUUGGUUUCGCAAGCACCAGCAGAGAAGACAGCGGUAGAUAUUUUUGCAUUGCUACCAAUGCUUAUGGCCGAGAUGAAACUACCAUUCAUCUUUAUAUACAAGAACCGCCGGACUUCCCUCGGAAUCUCCACGUAAUCGAGAAAGGAAGUCGUUACAUCAAAAUUGGAUGGACAACCAGCCAAGAUGGCAACAGCCCGAUUACACAAUACAUUAUCGAGUACAAGACGGACUCCGAAGUCUGGCACGAUCACACCUUUCAUACAACCGUAUCAGGAUCCAGAGCUUAUGGUCAUGUGAGCGGUCUUCGACCAGCCGUCACUUAUCAAUUUCGCGUUUACGCAGAGAAUGAACUCGGUAGAAGUCAAGCUAGCGACAUUUUAGACGCGACGACAGAUGGGGAAAAGCCAGGAGGUCCUCCGAGAAACCUCAAGGUGGAACCCGUCAGCUCGACCGAGUUUAACGUCACCUGGGAUCCACCUGAUCAUGAUUUAUGGAAUGGGGAAAUUCUCGGUUAUCACGUUGGAUACAAGGAACACCGUUUGGCAGCCGAACAGUACACUUACAGAACGGUCGAAAGAAGAAUUUCAACAGCUAGUGUGGCAUUAGGCUUGGCAAGGACCUCUUUGCCAGGUCGUCAAUAUCAAUUGAUGAAUUUAAAGAAGUUCACUCGAUAUAGUGUAGUAGUACAAGCCUACAAUACUCUCGGCCAAGGACCAGUAACACCAGAAAUCGUUGCUACCACUCUCGAGGAUGUACCAAGUAAUCCACCUCAGGACGUAAGAUGUACGGCAUUGUCCUCGCAAUCGUUGCAACUCUCAUGGGAUCCACCACCGGAUUCCAGUUUGAAUGGCAUUCUGAAGGGUUACAAAGUGAUGUGGGAGAACAUGGACUCUCUAACGGAAUCUAGCAAGUCCGAAAUGAAAAUCACCACUGCUUUAACUGUGGUGAUACAUAGCCUCGAAAAAUAUACGAAUUAUUCGGUACAAGCGUUGGCCUUUACAAGAGCUGGCGAUGGAGUUGCCUCGGCACCACUUUACUGUGUCACCGAAGAAGACUUUCCCGAAGUCCCAGCCGGUGUCAAGGCCGUUGCUAGUUCAGCCACAUCCAUCAUCGUCUCUUGGUUACCACCACUAAGAAGCAACGGCAAUAUCACUUCGUACAACGUUCAUAUCCGUAGCGUUGGUGCUGACAGCAAGUGGUUUAGACGAGCUAUCUCACCCCAUCAAACUAGUUACCAAGCUGAGAAUUUGCAUAAAAGGAAUCAGUAUGAGUUCAGUAUAGCUGCUAUCACGUCGGUUGGUGAGGGACCAAAGACUCCAUUGAUUACUGUCUCGCCAUCGAGCGAAGUUCGAGCUGCAAUUUAUUCGUUUGGUGUGGUCCUCAUCGUUCCUUGGAAACAAGACGUCACUUUAUCUUGUCAGAGCGUUGGCAAACCGGAACCUUCGGUGAUCUGGAAACAAUGGGGUCAAAUGGUGAAAUCAUCCGCGAGAAUAUCCAUGUUGCCAGACGGUUCCUUACAGAUUACAGAGUUACACAGAGAGGAUAGUGGGAAUUACACUUGUUUCGUUGAAAAUCGUCACGGUUCCGAUCAAAUAACUCAUCGUUUGACCGUACAAGUUCCACCGGCAGCACCACUUUUACACGCCACCAGCGCGACAAGUAAUUCGAUAAACGUUCAGUGGAAGAACGGCGACGAUGGCGGUGCUCCGAUAAGAGGCUACAUCCUUCACUAUAAACGAGAAUCCGGCGAAUGGGAAGAGGUCAAAGUGUCUCAUAAGAUGAGCAGCUUCGUACUGUCUCGUCUUUGGUGUGGCAAUGAUUAUCAGAUGUAUCUGACGGCGUACAAUCGAAUUGGUAUGGGCUCGCCUAGCGAAAUUGUCAAAGCCAGAACGGAAGGUUCAAAGCCAGAAGAUUCGCCUGGUAGCGCUGAUAAAUUUAUCACCGUCAACGUAUCCUGGAUCACGCUUCAUCUUAGUACCUGGAACGACGGUGGCUGUCCUAUAACAUAUUUCGAAUUAGAGUUUCGAAAGAACGGAGAGGAUAUUUGGACUUUAGUUUCCAGCAACAUCGAGGUACAGAAGACUUAUACUUUGAGCGAGUUACAGCCUGGUACUACCUAUGACAUACGUAUACGAGCACACAACAAUGCCGGUUCCUCGGUCGUCGAAUACAAAGUGACGACCUUACAACUUCACGUUAGCUCAACGAUAGCAACGAUCGAGAUCGAUCAUUUUAUACCACAGCAUACGCCGGUAUACUCGGACCUAAAAUUGAUCGUUCCACUGAUACUGAGUUCUUUGGCCGUUAUAGCUGCAGCAGGUGCUGUAUUUUACUGUUUUCGAAAACUAUCGAUCGUAGGUUCUUUCAUGGGUGAUAUGGGUAGCCUACACGAUGCUCAAACUGCUGCGGCAUUAGACAAUAAACAGAAUAUGGAACAACGAGAACAAUAUUAUGCCACCGUCAGAAAACCUCUGCGUUCUCCAAUACGUGAAAUGGCCACGUUAGAAAAAAUUCCAGAAUAUUCGGAGGACAUCUAUCCGUAUGCCACAUUCCAAUUGGAGGAAAGUGUUCCCGCAGGAGGUGACAGCCGUUGCAAUUCAGCAGCACCACUCCAGACCUUCGUUUAUCAUGAUCCUCGGCUGUCUACUGCCGAUACUCUACAAUUAAGAGAGUCGGAUUGCAACCGGUACACUAAGGUACGCGGAGGCCGUUCGUCCUCUGCACCGUUGCACAAAACGCACAAGGUCAGUCAGGGCAAGUCCGAGUCGGAGGAAUACGACACCCUGGGCUCGGACAGCGACACGGAAGUCGGGACCAGCAGCCGAACCGAGUCUUCCAAUCAUCUCGUCGAUUCGCACCAUUCGGCGUCUGCCGCCGAUUCGCGUGUCCACAACUUCCUGUACCAUGGACCAGAAUCUAGCACGUCUACAGAACCCUCACCGAUUCUUGAGAGAAAAUCGUUUCCUGGAAGGGGAAGACCCAAGAUGUUACGGUUGGCGCGUCAUCCCAGCGAGGAGACCCGUACCAACUUCGGGCCAAUCACCGGGAUUGGCAAUUCCAAGCACCAGUCGAGCAAUUCCUGUACCAAUCGGGACCAGGAGCGUGACGGAUCAGGAAACUUGUUCGUCCCCAAGUUGGACCCACCCUCGGGCUUCUCCGACGCGUUUGAGUUAAGCGAAGCAGAGUGCGACCUUGACCGUGGUCACUGUAGCCAACGAAAUAUCCGUGACUUCGUAAUCGCGGUGUAAAUAAAUGUAAACCUGACGUAUAUACGUUCGAGCGCGCGCGCAGAAACAAAGAGACACCUAAAAUCAGGCAAACUAAUUGACCGACCGGCCGACUUACCUGCCAACAAACCCCAAUCAACCAACCUAGCCUAAGUACCUACCUACCUACCUACCUACCUACCUACCUAUCUACCAUAUUCCCUUUAACCUUUCUUCGCACCCUUAAGAUUAAUUAUAUCGAUGUGAGCUAGGGUCCGUCUGUUGUUAAUUAAUCUGGACGUUCGUUAAUUAAAAUUAUCUUCCUUCGCUCUCUUCGUCUUGCCUCGCGUUCCUUCAACAGCUGACGCAUGGAACGCGCAUCGAUUGUAAUCCUGAAAUAAGCUCGCAAGUUCAACCAUGUGUUCUCUAAACUGCCAUUUUUUUAUUUUCACGUCGCCAUGACGAUAAUACUGUUUAUCAAGACGAGACUCACAAUAUUCGUGCCAAAAAGACAGCAGCUCUCUCAAAAGUAUAUUGUAUACAUACAUAUGUAUAUAUACAUAUACAUACAUAUAUAUAUAUACAAACAUACAUACAUACAUACAUGCAUGCAUACAUACAUAUAUAUAUAUAUAUAUAUAUACAUAUGUAUACAUAUAUGUCUCCGUCUUCGAUGUUCCUCGAGAGACAUUCAACGAGUCCGCAAACUCGACGCGCGUUAAUUCGGACGCGUUAAGUUCCUUCCUUGGGAUUUUUCUACACCCACGACGUAUAUGUUAUUCGAAAAAUGAGCAACGAGCAAACUUUUAUUCCGUGUAUUACGUGUUCGUCUUCCAAUUAGAAAUUCGACAGAGAGACACCGAAAUAAAUUCUCCUUAGAGAUGAAAUUCGUUCAUAUUAUGUAUGUAUGUACAACGGAGCACAGUGUCGUACGAAGUUAUCCUACGAAAGGAGACAAAGAAAAGGAAACCAAAAAAAAAAAUAAUAAAAUACCAAAGAGAAAGAGAGAGAGAGAGAGAGAGAGAGAAAUAAAAAAAAAAGAGAGAAAGAAGAAGUAACUUGCGAUUGUCGAUUUCUCAUUUUUCUUACUCUCGACGUGUCGUGCAAAGGAUGUAAAUUUUACGAAUGAUACGCUCAAAUCUAAACUCCAAGCAACGAUUAAAGAAAAAAAUAAUAAAAAAAAAAAAAAAAAUAAAAAAAUAAAAAAAUAAAAAAAUAAAAAUAAAUAAAAAAAUAAAAAUAAAUAAAUGAAUAAAUAAAUAAAUAAAUAAAUAAAUGAAUAAAAACUACGACGUUCGAAAUAAUUUACUCGCCGUCAACGAUUAACCAUCGGCGGACCCGGCGUUGUAACAAAAAGAAAAGAAGUUCAUUCAAGAAAAAUAAUGACGCAAAAGCCUUCGGAUAUCUAUAUGUGUUGUCAUCUCGAAUCAGUUUGCGAAAAGCGCAUCUAAUAUGUGAAAUCGUUCACUCGACAAUGUGAUCGAUCGUUUUUCAGUCGUACUCGUUAUUUCGACUCUCGAAUUAGUGACGCGAGCCGAAAAAGAGAGAAAGAGAGUGAAAGAGAGAGAGAGUGAGAGAGAGAGAGAGAGAAAAUUUUAGAAAGAGAGAAAGAAAGAGAGAGAGAGAGAGAGAGAGAGAGAAAGAGAUGGGGAGAGAGGGAGAGAGAGAGAAAACUCGCCCUGUUGAUAUAUCGUCUACUUUAUGACACAUGAAAUGAUUUACCACGAAAUUCGUACUAUUGUGUUUUAGAUGACUUUAGAUUGUUUAUAUUCUAUUUACUUUGUAAAAUAUACAACACUAAUUCCAUA